AUGGCGCGCUGCGGGCGACGAUGGUGGUUUUGGGCUUUGCUUGUCCUCCCCAGGGUACAGAGCCAGGGUCCCCCAGUGGCGGAAUCCCAGCUUCCGGCGGGUUUGCGCCAGUGGAUUGGCUUGGACUUUUGUGGAGAAGAGCGCUGGGUGCAAUUCCACGGUUCCCUCAGCGAAGUGGUCGGCCACUUCAAUAACCAUCACUUCCCUGUGGCGCUGCGUGGCCUGGCGGAGCUUUUGGCGACCACGGCUUCGGCGGGCACCGAGGUGGCCUUCGGCUGUGCCACCGCGGUGAUGUCGGCGCUGGCGCUGGCGGCCCAGUGCUGUGAGCAGCUGCAAUUGCCCACGUUAGCAACAAGGUUCCGUCAGCUUUCAGCAAUCUUUGGCUCCUACGACUACCAGAUGAAAGGAGAGGACUACAUAGAUCAAAGUCCAUGGCCCAUCAAUUGGAAGCAAAACAUGGAGGGCAUCCUCCGCUCUAUGGCUUUCCUGAAGCAGCAGGAGCUGCAAGCAGAGCCUUGGCGCGGCCUUCCUGCGCGUGCUGCCGCAGCCCAGUUUCCGCGCAGAGGUUCUCAGCGGAUUGCAAUUGUCACUGUUUGUGACUACGACCCAACGCAGACGCCUUUGGCACGCCUGUCAAAGCUUAACAGGGAUGCAUAUGCGAGACUGCAUGGGUACGACAUCAUUAUGUACGACCAAGCCCCACUCUUCACGGAUGGGCUUACGUACCUCACAGAGAAGACCCGGCCGCCUGCGUGGUCCAAGGUGGAUGCGCUUCUGGAGACCUUGGCAAAGGGCCAACACGAUUGGGUGAUGUGGUUAGAUUGCGAUUCCUUUUUCAUGGACUCAGAGGUCCGAUUGGAGGAUCUCCUGAGCAUUGCUGAGAGCAGGUGUCCAGCAGAUGCUGCGGAGGGAGAACGCCUAGAAAAGUUGGUAAGCAAGUGGCGAGCUGGCCCGCAACAGGCUCCUGAUGACCUGCUCGAGUGGUACGACAACUUGCUGGACAGCUACAUCUCUUGGGACGAGAAGGGAUGCGAUUCUAUUGAAACGCCAGUGGACGCGCCGUCCAAUCGUAGCCUAGGCUGGGCAGACUGGCUUUUCAAAGAAAAGCGGGUGCAACUGGUUGCUUCUGAAGAUGGCCUGAUGCUAAACACUGGCGUCAUGCUGGCCAGAGCAUCGGUGUGGUCCUGGGCCUUCUUCCAGAAAGUCAGAUGGAUGACAUUUGGACGUAGCCCGGUAACCCAACACCCAUGGUGGGAGCAAACCGCUAUGGUGUACUUGCUGCAGUUUCCGUUUGUACUCGCAGCUGCAAAGGACCCGGAGCAUUCACAGAUCCUGGAGCAGGGCCAUGCGACCGCUUGGAGCGCUUUGGGACAGAAGACCAUCAAUGGAUAUCCACCAUUGGUCUCGUCGGCCUUGCUGACACACACAACUUUCGAGCCUGGCGACUUCAUCGUGUCCUUUUCUGGGUGUAAAAUCUAUUCCUCUCAGGAGGUUUGCAACCAGCUCUUCCUGAACUACUUCUUUCAGGUGCAUAGCUUUCAAGAGCUUUCCAGCGAUCCUGCUUUGCAGCCGUGGCUAUAG